GGUCAGGGGUUUCUGUGGCAACGGAUUUGACAAGAUGAGAUAUAUGGUGAAGCAGAGAAGUACUCAAGUUGUGAGAGGGAGGAAGUCAAUGCGACAGCCGUAGGAGGGGCUGUGAAUGCAGCGCUCUCAAAUCAGCAGCAGAGAGGAGACGCAGCCGAAUGGAUCAACCUGCAGAGGAAACGUGCAACCUUUUUUAAGAUACAUAGGACAGCGGUUUCAGUUCCAGACAGGGGAAGGAAGAAAGCAAGCAAGGCACCGAAUCAAAGAACAAGUCUAGCCGUGAAAGCACAGUGCAGUGUGUUCCAGUGAGCACGCAGGUUACAGUGUGUUAACUGUAGUGUACUUCUGCAUGUUUCUCCACCCUGAAGUGACAAGGCCAGAUAAGCAAGAAUAAUGGCAGAUCGCGCCUUUGAGAAGGAGUUUCUGGUGGCUCAUAAUGUGUACCGACAGCAGCAUGGAGCCUCGCCGCUGGCCAUGAGCAGAGACCUGUGCAGGUCGGCACAGAAAUGGGCUGAGCAUCUGCUGGCCAUCAAGAAGAUGCAGCACAGUCAGGCAGACUAUGGGGAGAACCUCUACUAUGCUUGGAGCUCUGUCCCAGAAAAACUCACAGGUAAAGAAGCAGUGGAUGGCUGGUACAGUGAAAUAAAAGACUACAAUUUCAGCAGACCUGGAUUUCAGUCCAGCACAGGACACUUCACCCAAGUUGUUUGGAAGGGUACUGAAGAGCUAGGAGUGGGCCUUGCCACUGAUGGAAAAACUACUUUUGUGGUUGGCCAGUACCUUCCUGCUGGAAACAUAUCCAACCCAGGGUACUUUGAGAAGAAUGUUUUGGCAGCAGGCUCCUCUGUGAAAGUGCAUGCUGCGACAGGUGCUGGAUCUGGAGGGAAUGAUCGAGGAAGUUUACCCUCAAGGCAAACAGGGAGGGACCACAUCUCGAGCAGUCUCACAGCUGGAUCUGGAGGGAAUGAUCGAGGAAGUUUACCCUCAAGGCAAACAGGGAGGGACCACAUCUCGAGCAGUCUCACAGAUCGCGCCUUUGAGAAGGAGUUUCUGGUGGCUCAUAAUGUGUACCGACAGCAGCAUGGAGCCUCGCCGCUGGCCAUGAGCAGAGACCUGUGCAGGUCGGCACAGAAAUGGGCUGAGCAUCUGCUGGCCAUCAAGAAGAUGCAGCACAGUCAGGCAGACUAUGGGGAGAACCUCUACUACGCUUGGAGCUCUGUCCCAGAAAAACUCACAGGUAAAGAAGCAGUGGAUAGCUGGUACAGUGAAAUAAAAGACUACAAUUUCAGCAGACCUGGAUUUCAGUCCAGCACAGGACACUUCACCCAAGUUGUUUGGAAGGGUACUGAAGAACUAGGAGUGGGCCUUGCCACUGAUGGAAAAACUACUUUUGUGGUUGGCCAGUACCUUCCUGCUGGAAACAUAUCCAACCCAGGGUACUUUGAGAAGAAUGUUUUGGCAGCAGGCUCCUCUGUGAAAGUGCAUGCUGCGACAGGUGCUGGAUCUGGAGGGAAUGAUCGAGGAAGUUUACCCUCAAGGCAAACAGGGAGGGACCACAUCUCGAGCAGUCUCACAGCCUCUCCCUCUCUCUUCCUCUCCCGUCUUUCUCUCUCUCCAGGUGCAGGUCAGAAGAAUCCAGACUUCAGUCUCUUAGCUGUGGACACGAUGAACAGCUACCGUAGACAGCACAGGGCAAAGCCUUUGUCUCGCUGCCCCUCUCUGUCCAAGGAGGCUCAGGACUGGGCAGCCUUCCUGGUGAACUCAAAGAUGUUGCGUAACCAUGGCAAAGGCCAUGGAGAAAGCCUGUGGUACCAAUCUGGAUCCAGUACUGAUACCCCUAAAGGUUCAGAUGUCGUUAAGUCCUGGUAUGAUGAGAGUUCGAAAUACGAUUUCUCCUCCCCAGGAUUCCAAAAAGGGACAGGCAACUUCACACAGAUGGUCUGGAAAUCCAGUGAGAAGGUUGGGGUUGGCAUAGCAACUAAUGGAUCUGGGCUGUUCGUUGGUGUGGCCUUUUUUGAGCCUCCAGGGAACGUCAGCAACACAGGUUAUUUCCGAGACAAUGUGAGCACCAAAGGUUAGGAACAUCAUGGUUACACCAGAUUUAAGAGGAGUUAACUUAAGAGCUAAAAGGAAAGAAAAGAAAAACAAAAAAUGGCAGACCAGGUACAACCCCAGUUCAAGUCAUUUCAGAUUCAACUAGAUGGAACUAAAUAAUUACAAAACAUGACAGAAUGAAAUGAGACAUGAAUUUUUAAAAUGUAAGGUCAAUGUAAAUGAUUUACACGAGUGAUACAGACAAUGGGAACCACAAAAGGACAAUUUCUUAGGAAGAGGUUUUCAGUUGUAAAAAUGUAACUCGCUUUGAAUUUCAUUGACAAAGAAAUUCCUGUCUAGUUCUGUGUAAACCCAUUUCAUAUAUAUGUCAUUAAAGAUUAUAUUACCGAGUGAUCUGUCACUAUUUCCCCUCUACUACCAGCAGAUGGCGCUAGUCAACAAUACACGGUACCACACCGGACCCAAUGGACAUUUGCGCCUCUUUCCAGUACAUAACAUCUGUGGAACAGAUACUUAAAAUUACACCUUAUUUUAAUUAAUUUAAAAAAAGCAUCCACUCACCCCGAACCAAACACACUCGAGCAGAACUACAAACACACUAAUUGACACAGAUGCCUAUACAUGUACAUAUGCAAAUACCCCCAAAAAACUCAAACACUACACAAAGGUAAUCUGAAACGAUUUUAUCUGGUCUGAAAGCAGGAACAAAGAUAUGAUCUAGAACGCAAAACUGGAAUAAUGCGGCUUCAUGUUGCACCAUUGUAUGUGACACAAAAAGGAAAUUUAAACCUCAGUUAUCUGAUGAGACGCUUUCACCUCUCUGUGAAGACUGUGUCAACUACUUGUGUCUGUGGUCAAAUGUGUCACAAUGGAACACAUUUGGCAUACAUAUGAGGCAGCCCUACACUUUCAUUCAAAUCAUCUAUGGUAGUUGUACAGGAUCAGAUGGAUUUAUAUGCGUUUUUGAAAAUACAGCACGAUAGCAAAUUAAGUUUAAAAAAAACACAUCGCCAUGUAUUGAGACUGUUUGAAGUAUUUAUUAUUCCACAUAUAGAAAAAUAAAGAGGGCAUACACAUUUUCUCAUACUUGCGAAAGACAUUGGAAUUAAUAAAACAGUAAAAAAAAAAAAGAA